ACCUCGUCAGUGAUCAACAGUUACAGCUCCCGAGAAAGCACCCGCUUGGCGAUAGGUUUAACCGUUUUCUUCACCUAUUUAUGUAUUUUAACAGAUAACUACAUGGCUACGACAGGACGGAAGGACUCCUCUGAGCGGGAAAGACUUCCCUCUCCGGUGACUCGCUACGGCUCCACAGACAGCAGUGGCGAGGAUGACUAUCAAAUUAGCAGUCAUGACAACAACUGUAACCACCACCGGUUUGCCACAGCAGCAGGAUGUCACUGGGUCCACGCUGGAGAGGAAGAGGAGGCGAUUUGCAGGAAGCUAAAAUACUUCUUUAUGAGCCCUUGUGAUAAAUAUCAUGCCAAGGGGCGCUAUCCUUUUAAACUGAUCCUGCAGCUAGCCAAAAUUUUUUUUGUCACCACUCAGUUGGUGCUGUUUGGCCUCAGUAACCAGGUGGUGGUGACCUUUAAGGAGGAGAACACUAUGACCUUCAAGCACAUCUUCCUCAAGGACUACGAUGAGUCCUCAGAUGACUCCUUUGCCGUUUACACACAGCAGGACGUCUACGACCACAUCUUCUACGCCGUGGAUCAGUAUCUGGCCUUGCCAGAGACCACAGUGGGACGCUAUGCAUAUGUCUAUGACCGUGCCGAGAAUGGCAGUGCCCUCUUUCUCUGCCAGCAGUACUACAAGAAGGGACACAUCGACCCCGCCAACGACACGUUCAGCAUAGACCCCCGUGUCAUCAAAGAGUGUGUUGGCGUGAACCCCAUGACGAUCCCCCAGGGUCCGCUCACAAGCAACUACAAGAACUUUACACUCAAGUUCCACAAGUUGAUUAAUGUUACCAUAGAGUUCCAGCUGAAGGCGAUAAAUAUCCAGACUAUCAUCAACAACGAGAUCCCAGACUGCUACACCUUUCAUAUAACAAUAGUUCUGGACAACAAGGCUCAUAGUGGCAAGGUGAAGAUCCGGCUAGAUAACCAGGCGUCAAUAAAGGAGUGCAAAGACCCGAGCAUCUCUGGACAAGUUCAGACGUACGCACGUUUGGCAUUUGAUAUUAUUGUGGUUCUGAUCUGCAUGCUGUCGCUGGUGCUGUGUGGACGCUCCAUAAUACGAGGCAUCAUGCUGCAAUGGGAGUUUGUGAAGUUCUUUAAGACGACGCUAGAUCGUAAAGUGUGCUGGGGAGACCGGCUUGAGUUUAUUAACGGCUGGUAUAUCCUCCUCAUCAUCAGUGACAUCUUCACAAUCACUGGCAGUUUCAUCAAAAUCGGCAUCGAGACAAAGAAUAUAUCCUCCUAUGACCUCUGUGCCAUCCUAUUGGGAACCUCCACUCUCUUAGUGUGGGUGGGAGUCAUUCGCUACCUCACAUUCUUCCAGAAGUACAAUAUCCUUAUCGUGACACUUCGAGCAGCUUUCCCCAAUGUUAUUCGGUUCUGCUGCUGUGUGGCUGUCAUCUAUCUGGGCUACUGCUUCUGUGGCUGGAUCGUCCUGGGACCAUACCAUGUCAAGUUCCGCUCUCUGUCCAUGGUGUCCGAGUGUCUGUUCUCCCUCAUUAACGGCGACGACAUGUUCGUGACGUUCGCAGAGAUGCAGGAGACCAGUCCUCUAGUGUGGCUGUUUAGCCAGGUUUACCUGUACACCUUCAUCUCCCUCUUCAUCUACAUGGUGCUGUCUCUGUUCAUCGCUCUCAUCACAGGAGCGUACGAGACCAUCAAGCAUCAAACCCAAGAACCAAUCCACAUAACAGAUCUGCACGCCUUCAUAGCAGAGUGCACAGAUGCACCGAAUUCUGGGAAGUUCAGAGGUUUGGAGACUUCACCUUGCUCCUUCUUCUGCUGCUGUGACAGAACAACCACGUAUGAAGAUGUCCUGCUGGUGAACUGAAAUCAACCUCACCAAUCUCUGAAACCUCACUAGCCUCCCCUGCUGACCAGUGGGGCACACUGCAUCCACCCAACACCCGGUGUCUCCGUGUAUCUGGGUCAAACCAAAGGACUGUUCCAAAGUGGGAGUUGCGAUUGGCUGGAACUGCGCUCUGCAGAGGAAACGUGGAACAGAUGAAGAGCUGGGCCUUUUCCUCUGUAUGAACAGCAGCAUCGAAGAAGGCUAUUGCACAGACAUUUCUCUUGGUUCUAGUGUGUUGGGUUUUUUUGAAACAUUAUUCAGUAUUUUUUAAUAUAUCUGGUGUAUUUUAUGCUCACCCAGACUAGGAACUCUUUGGUGCUGUCUAUGUUUUGUUUUUUGUUUGUUUUACUUUUGAAGUAUUUCAAAUCGGUUGGCUCCUGAGGAGGAGACUCUUAAAAUUAGAUAUUUAUAUCAUAUUCAGCAACAUUUUAUUGUACAGAACUCGUUUUAAAAAUUUAAAUAAUCUAAUAUCUCUUAAAUUAGCCAAAGCUAAUUUGCUAGCUGGAGAAUCAUGACAUGACAUUUAAACAGAACAGGACAAAAAAAUCCCCCAUGUGAUUGUUUUUACAGAGUUCCAAAACAUAUCAGGAAACGCAGAUGGGCGUUCGGCGUGGAAUUGAUUCAUUUUCUUUGUGAGCUGCACAUUUAUUAGAAAGUUUCGACCAGUGUCAUUAGCGGCGGCUGUGCUGCAUCAUGUUGCCUUCAAAUGUAGAUCCCAGUUUAUUUCAUUUUUAUUGCUUCGUUUUCUUUCAGUAAUGAUCAGGGUAAUGGGACGCAAUCGUUCACUAACAAAGCACUUAGCUUUUGCCUGACCUUGGCUGCAGUUUCUUCUUCAGACCCACAUUAUAUUUUAAUGAAGCUGAAGUAUUAAAAAGAAACUCGGUCUAUCAAAAGUGCUGCACCCCUGUUUGUAGACUGCGUUGAUGACCAUUAGCAAACUGGAUCGGACUUAUUUUAAGCACAAUAAGUAGCUCUAAGUAAAGCGGAGUCUGGUUUGGGAGAGAUGACAAGAAAGAAAACAACAGAUUGUCCUGUUUUAGUGGCUUGCUCUGCUUUUUUUUGUUGUUUGUUGCCUUCAUAAUGAUGUCUCUAACUGCUGCCUACUGACUUGAUCUUUAGUAGAAACUUGAAUAAUGUAUGUUUGUUUGUCUUUUUAUCGCAAAAAAACGCACAAUAGUUUAAGGAGUUUUUAAGUCUGGACUCCAAAUACCAUUUAGCGAGAGGAGCUAUGGGUCAGGGAGGAGUAGGUAAAUGAAGUAUAAGAUGUUUUUUUCAGCCUUUUCAUUUUCUGCCUGAAACACCAGCAGAGUAAAUUGUAAGCUAAAUAUACAGAUGGACUUUGGAUUUCCAUGGACAACAUGUCUAAAUUAUAGAUAACUUUAAAUGUUGCAUCUUGUGUUUCCCUGGAGUUUUUUUUAUCUUGUUUUUGUUUUGUGUUGUUGUGUUUGUUUUUUAUGAAUUACCUGCACUUGAACUGUACUUGUGAGGGACAACACGUAGUGUGACCUGUCAUACUUGUCAAACUACUGAUUAAAUUUUCCUGGUCUGAUCUAAGUCAACAAGCUGUUUCCUGCUGUUCCACCUAACCAUCAGCAGAGGGAGGAAGUAGUUCAUGUGUCGGGAUGGUGAUUCACGCAACCUUGCAUGAUCGUGUGUGUGUGUGUGUGGUGUGUGUGUGUGUGGGUGGUGUGUGUGUGUGUGUGUGUGUGUGUGGACAUUUUUACCAAGAUUACUCAAAAGCUACACUUAGAUUUCAAUCUUAUUGUCAUUAAAUACACACUAAGUGUACAAGGGAUAAAAUAACAUUCCAACUGGUACAACACAGGAUUUAAAAAAAACAAACAAAAAAAGAACUAUAUUUAAAUGUAUAGCAGCAAAAAUACUACAAAGUGCAAUAAUAAAAAUGACCUGUGGA